CGAAGAAUUCUCGUUCAUGUUUUUCAGUACUUUUGUACUAUAAUCUUGAUAUGAGAUUGUAUUUAGAUCACAUGAAUUGAAACUCACGUAUAGAGCAAUUUAUUGCUGUGUCACAUAAGAAAUCUUUUCAUCUCUUUAAUGUUUGCUAUUAUGUUCGUACACUAAACACAUGCCUUGGAAUUUUGUGACCUGAUGCCAAUUUUACCACCGUGGGGUGUUUACUUAUCUUGAACCAGUAUGGUAUGAUAAGAGUACGACCGUGCCACGAGCCAACUUUAUUGAUAAUAACGGCAAGUCACUGAUCAUAGAAACGAGCCACGCGAACUGCAAAAGCAAUUGUUUAUGCGCAUAAGGUACACCACAGCAAACGUUUGACUAUCUUUCCAUUAAAGGAGUUACAAGGAAUGAUGCCAGUCACGCGUCUGUACUGGCAUGCGAACACGGCGGUAGAUUAUCAAUGUUCCGUGAGACUUAUCAACAUUGACUACGCAUUUAGCAGGGAGCGAUACAAUAUUUGGUGGUUUUGAUAUCUCUUCGUAUCGGUCAAAGGCGGACUAUUUGUUUAAAAACUGAUCUCCUCGCUCAUUUUCAGCAUCAUUGACCGAACAGUUAACGUCCAAGUAACAUCACAUUAGUAUCCGUUGUAUAGAGUCCGACACUAAAAAGCGUGGAAAAUGCCAGAAAUACCCGAAACAUCCUUUCCGGAAUACAUAUUAGCCGGCCUGCAGGAAAUCGCUCGGGAACAAGGAUUUACCGAUGGAUUAUACCGCUUCGAAAGUGAAUCUGGUUCAAACAUGGGUGAUGGUUUUGUUGGUCAGAUAGUAAAGGUGUUUAUUCGAGAGGCAAAUCGUAAGCUGGUCGUAUUGUGCAAACUAUUGCCCGAAAACGAAAUGCGAAAACAGCAAGGCGUUCCGUUGUUCGAUAGAGAAUCUGAAGCGUAUAUGAUAAUCCUGCCAUUGUUACUCAAGUUCCAACGUGAAAAAGCCCUUCCAGAGGGAUUGCCAAGGUUUAACAAUGUGCCACGGUGUUACUACGCAAAGACUGUAGUUGACAAGAUGGAGUCAGUGAUCAUUAUGGAAGAUCUACGAUUGCAAGCAUUCCGUAUGUGGGACAAAGCGAAUCCUGUCGAUUUCGAACACGCCCGAUUACUCAUGAUCACUUUAGGACGUUUUCAUGCACUAUCAUUUGCGAUGAAAGAUCAACAACCGGAAGAGUUUGCACAGUGCCGCGAGUUUAUCGAUCCAAUGGGAAAAAUGUUGGAACUAGACCCUACCAAAGGGUUUGAGAAGAUGAUGGCUGGUAUGUGUCGUAGAGCACUCGAUACACUUGAAAAGCAUGAUAGCUUUCGACGAGAAAAAAUCGAACAGAUACAAGAUCGUAUUAUGCACGAAAUCAUGGCAUGUGUCGAUGGAAAAGCUGCUGAACCGUACGCUAUUAUAGGCCACGGAGACUGUUGGUCCAAUAAUAUGAUGUUUCAAUAUCAUGAAGAUAAUCAAACACCGAAGACCAUCAAGUUGAUCGACUGGCAGCUCUCUAGGUACGGAUCACCUGUGCUGGACAUAGUCUACUUCAUAUUCAACUGCACGGACGAGGAACUGCGUUCUCAUAGCUAUCAACGACUAUUGAGCAUCUACUACAAUAGCCUUAGUGAGCAUCUACAUAACCUGGGAGGAAAUAUUGAGCGACAGUUCCCACGCAGUGCCCUCCGUGACCAGCUAAAACAAUUUGGUAGGUACGGACUACUGAUGUCGAUGAUAGUGUUACCAAUCAUUUGUACCCCCAACGACGAGCUUCCCGAUACGGAUAAGGCCAUGGAAGGAUUCAUGAACGAGAUGACUAACGGCAAUGGUGAUGUUGAGCUGGAAUACGGAACUACAGAAAAGGCCGCCAUUCGCUAUAAGAAACGAAUGUCAGGAUGUAUUCGCGAUGCCAUACGAUUUGGAUAUAUAUCGUGGAAAAUGCCAGAAAUACUCGAAACAUCCUUUCCGGAUUACAUAUUACUUGGCCUUGAAGAGAUCGCUCGUGAACAAGGAUUUACUGAUGGAUUAUACCGCUUCGAAAGUGAAUCUGGAUCAAACAUGGGUGAUGGUUUUGUUGGUCAGAUAGUAAAGGUGUUUAUUCGAGAGGCACAUCGUGAGCUGGUCGUAUUGUGCAAACUAUUGCCCGAAAACGAAAUGCGAAAACAGCAAGGCGUUCCGUUGUUCGAUAGAGAAUCUGAAGCGUAUAUGAUAAUCCUGCCAUUGUUACUCAAGUUCCAACGUGAAAAAGGUCUCCCAGAGGGAUUGCCGAGGUUUAACAAUGUGCCACGGUGUUACUACGCAAAGACUGUAGUUGACAAAAUGGAGUCGGUGAUCAUUAUGGAAGAUCUACGAUUGCAAGCAUUCCGUAUGUGGGACAAAGCCAAUCCCGUCGAUUUCGAACACGCCCGAUUACUCAUGAUCACUUUAGGACGCCUUCAUGCACUAUCAUUUGCGAUGAAAGAUCAACAACCGGAAGAGUUUGCGAAGUGUCGUGAGUUUACCGAUCCGAUGGGAAAAAUGUUGGAACUAGACCCUACCAAUGGGUUUCAGAAGAUGAUGGCUGGUAUGUGUCGUAGAGCACUCGAUACCCUCGAAAAGCAUGAUACCUUUCGACGGGAAAAACUUGGACAAAUACAAGAUCGUAUUGUCAAAGAAAUUGUGGCAUGUGUGGAUGGAAAAGCUGCUGAGCCUUAUGCUAUAAUAGGCCACGGAGACUGUUGGUCCAAUAAUAUGAUGUUUCAAUAUCACGAAGAUAACCAAACACCGAAGACCAUAAAGUUGAUCGACUGGCAGCUCUCUAGGUACGGCUCGCCUGUGCUGGACUUAGUCUACUUCAUAUUCAACUGUACGGACGAGGAACUGCGUUCUCAUAGCUAUCAACAACUAUUGAGCAUCUACUACAACAGUCUUAGUGAGCAUCUACAUAACCUGGGAGGAAAUGUCGAGCGACAGUUCCCACGCAGUGCCUUCCGUGAUCAGCUUAAACAAUUUGGUCGAUACGGUCUACUGAUGUCAAUGUUAGCUCUGCCAAUGAUUUGUACUCCGAAUGACGAACUGCCCGAUACGGACAAGGCCAUGGAAGGAUUCAUGAACGAGAUGACUAACGGCAAUGGUGAUGUUGAGCUGGAAUACGGAACUACAGAAAAGGCCGCCAUUCGCUAUAAGAAACGAAUGUCAGGAUGUAUUCGCGAUGCCAUACGAUUUGGAUAUAUAUGAAUUGAUAUGGGAGUGUAUCAGUGAAUGAUCACUAUAUGAUUCCAGUUCCCAGUUCCAGUUAUAAGGGAAAACACUUGAAGCUUUUGGUUUAAUAAACUUUGCAAUACACAGAGCA